GCGAAGGAUUCCGAAGGAAUACGAAACUGGCAAAGUCAUUACUUCACCUCUGCAAAACUCUGGUUAUUGCCAUUGCGGACUCAUUUCUCGGUUUUUUAGAAAUUUUCAGCUUUUUCAGCUUUUUAGUUUAGGGUCAGUCAAUUUAGGCGCUUUUCUAGAAAUUUGCAUGCCUUUUGACCCUUCUACUGCGUCGUAAUUCUCCAGUUUCACAGUGCAGUCCUAACCCAUCGCAUUGGUGACAGAUGAUUCUAUUCUAAGAAAAUGAACGAAAAAGAAAAAGAAUUUCAGCUAGAGGCUGUGAAACCAGCCGAAUCUUUUUACUUGAGCUCUUCUGUAAGUUCUGACAGCUGUUUACCGAAAUACAGUGAAAAACCCUAUUCACAUCUGGACGAUAUGGAGAAAGGUUGUUUAUGUUUACAUUCUGAUCCAGCUCCACCGUACCCAGAAAACAAAGAAUCUUGCAUAAACAUGCGACUAAACCUUUCCUUCGAAUCAUUAACGAAUAUCUUCAUGACAUUAAGGAGUCUCUUCAUGGCAUUACCGUUUCUAGUUUUCUGGCCGGCAAAAAUUGCGAGAAUUCCUGAAGCACGACGCAGAGAGGAGAAUGGAGCUGUCCGGCUUGGUUGGUGCUUUAUUGGUUCAAUCGUAUUGGACUUUUUCUUUUCUUACUUUUUCCUUGUCCCCUUUAUAAAGGAAUCGAUGAAAGAAUCUGUAGGGUUACGGUAUCAGAUUGCUCUAGCUAUUGUUCUUGUCAUCGCGGCUUUCUACAUGUUCUUAUUUGUUUUUUCACUGUUGCUGGAUUUUAUUGCUUUAGUGCUUUCUGGGAUUGCUUCUUGGAUUUCUGGGAUUGCUUCUUGGAUUCCUUGGAUUGCUUCUGGGAUUGCUUCUUGGAUUAUUGCUGCUCUUGGUUUCAGGAUGUCGUCGGAAAGAAACGACUCGACGGAUGGUAACUGGAUCCCACUAAACACUAUGCCAGCAGGGUCUGAAAAUCAAUCCAACAAUCGUAGUGAUAAUACUGCCGGACAACCAUCAUCUGACUGUUUUGAGCAACAUCCAAGGACACAUCACAAACCGAGUCAGGCUAGGGAUGCUGAAAGCACUGGAAACGAAUCUCAUGCUUGAACCAUUCUUAUGAUGAUGUCCUGUCUUUUCAAUUUACUGUCUAAACAGGCUUGUGUUUUGUUUUUAUAUUUUUUUUUGUUUCUUUCGUUUCCCGUUGUAUUUAUUUCCGUUGAGCUUUUGCAUAUAAACACAAUUCAUAGGCCGUUGUUGUUGAAGCUCUAAUGGUUCCAUCGUAGCUUUGAGCAAUGAAAAAGUGAGGUCGUCGCAGGAUGAUAUGGAUUGUUGACUCUCUAGUUGGUUCUUUCUAAUUCGCAUGUUGGUUGUUAUUUAUUCUUCUAAAACUCUUAAUUCCUAAUUCUUUUUAAUUUGUUUAAUAGAGUUAAUAAGAAUUUAAUUAUUGAUUCAAGGAUAACCAUUGCUUUUUUUGCUUCCGCUUUAGUAUCACCUUAGUCAAAGGUCCAUGCCUCUCAAAAACGACAGGCAUAUACCUUCAAUAAAAAGGAAAGAACAAAGGUAGGAGAAAAUCCUGCAAAAAAAUAGUUGCACAAUAGCAGGUCCCCGAAUGUUAAGAUUAGGUAGAGACGAUCUCGAAGAAAUAUGGAACCCAGAUCUGUGCAGGUUUAGGAUGGAUAUAUAUCAAGGUUUUAAUAACCUUCUAGACGAGUUCCAAUUACCGUGCGUCCGUAUCCAAAGCAUUCUCGAGCUUGUCUUUAAAGCUUGGCAUGUUGGGUUCCCAGCCUAGAAGCCUCCUUUCGCUUUCCUCUACAAUCAUGUAUUCAAUACCUAGCGGCCGAAUAAAGCCUUUCUUGCAUGAGACCUUGGCAGCCAACCGCAGCAUUCCUUGAUUCACAUAAAAACCAUUUUCUGCUAGGUAAUACCUUUUUUCGUUUCAAGUGGCACGUUCACUACCAUUCACAGCAGCUUCUGCCAGUAGCACGUGGAGUUUGCUUAAAUCCUGCAGAUGGAUAUUAUGCCAAAUGUUAUCACCUUUUUCAACCACCUUGAUCUAUUUGUUUUGAAAAAUAACUCAAAUAACGGAAACUAAUUCUCCUUAUCCGGUCCCCGACCUAUGGCAUAUAUGACAGCCGGAGCGACAAUGGCCGUUAUGACUUGGCAGGAUCCGCAGACAAACAACUUUAUCUACCUUGCAAUGGGAUGCAUGAUUUGGAACAUGAUCCUAAUCGUCGUAAAUCGUGUCAAAACACUCUCCAUAAUUUCCGGUGAAUAAAGUCUCUUCCGUGAGAGCCAAUGCACGAGAAGUAUGAAUAUAGCAGGCAGGAUUCUUGGCUUGGCGACGACUCAAGCCUCGAACGAUUUGCUCUUGCUGAUGGUACAUGUUCAUCACUAGCAGCAGAAUGAAAGACAAUAUCAGCCUUGGAAAGCUUGCUCUUCAAUUAAGUCUACAUCAUCGGUACUCCCAUAUACCAAUCUCGCUUGAGGGUAUGCAUAAGCUACAUUGGCACAGCCCCUUGCUUGACUACAUACCGAAGAGGACCAUUCCCACUCUGGAUGUACGCGGGAAUCGUUAUAUAAGAUAUCUCCUCCCAGAAAUCCCGUCUAUUUCACCUUAAUGAAUGAAUGACAGACAAAGAGAAGAUAUUGAUCUAAUACGAAUAUCCUUGGUGUUACGUUACCACAUUCAUUUAAUUUAUUUUUUUCAUCCCAUAUUUUUUUUGAAUUGUAAUUAAAAAAGAACGUUGCAGAGAUAUUUUUUUUUGUAUAAGUGAGAAAGUAUGGCGAUAAGAGGCUCAAUUACGAUGAAUAGGAAUCAGCUAAAAAUUUAUCAGACAAAACAAGAGAAACGCAAAAAAGGAGAAGCCUACGGCACCCCGGAUUUCCAUGUUGUCUCCAACCAUAGCACGAAACUAACGAGACCCUCAGAUGCUUUACUGCAGUCAUCGAACGGGAACUGGUCUGGUGUUUUUGCCUAGAUGCGGCCGUAGACGUUUGUUCCUGUCUGUAAGAUUACUAGUAAUUCAGUGUGUUCCAGUAAGGACUUUCUUGUUUACAUUUUGAAGCAAACACUCUUCUGUAUGAUUACAUCGCAAUAUUUCGGCCUUGACUACCGUUUAUGAAAGACGUGCAAUUACACGACACUGUGUUGAGCUAAACAAUAGUUUAUUGCAAUGGAAAUUUUCGUCAAAAUAUGUAAAUAAUCAUUAAAAAGGGUGUUCGAUUCUACUCACGAAGAAAAUGAACGAUACGUAAACAACGAUAUUGCGAGACGAAUUAAAAAGAUUCAUGAAAGAGUGAAUGAGAAAAGCAAUAAAACUCUGCUGGACCCGUCUGAUCCUUGCGUUUGUGAACUCGAAUGCACUUGAUGGACAGCAAUGUACACGGAUGCUCCCAAAGAAGUGGCAAACUACAAAGAAGUAAAGCAUUCUCAGUAAGAUCAUAAAUAAAAAAUCAAAAGCUCAAACAUUAGCCCUUUGCUCAGCAAGAGGUUGAAGUUCGAUCUCUUCGUUACGAGGUGGACCAUUCCUGCUAAUUCUAUUCUGAAAGGUUAAUGAAAAAUCCUAAAUUAACAAUACCAAAUGUACUUACUAGACGUGUAGGCACAUGAUCUUCAAUUAGAUCUGGGUUAUCUGAACAAGUUAGAACAGUUGAUAGAAAAUAGAACCUUACGAAUGAGAAGUACAAAGAAGCAUAUGUUCAGUACUGCCAAAACCACCGACACCGCAGCUGAAUGUAUAUAUUCAAAUCCACCUGAUAAUUUCAAAACGCA